UGGAAACUAAAAAAGGCCCUACCACAAAUUACAGUGAUCGCAUCUCCAGCUCAAUCGUAGCCAUCAAUCAAUGGCUUCUUUUAAAAAAUCCCGCUUCUUGUCCAUCACUCGCAGUCUCUACGCAACAGCGCAAGCUCAAACCCUAACUCUAGAAAACACCAUCUUUGCAACAACCAAAUCCCUAACCCAAGAGCAACAAGCUCUCUCUGCAACUGAAACCAGAAGCCCAACCCUACAACAACAAACUCCCUCUGCAACUGAAGCCGAAUCCCUGACCCUAGAACAACAAGCGCCCUCUGCAACUGAAGCCGAUACCCUGAUUUUAGAAGAGCAGACCAACAUUACACUAAAAAAUGCCAGGUCCAGAAUCAGAUCAGCCGGCUCACCUGAAGAAGCUUUUGAGGUAUUCCGUAAAGCUUCGAAAUCGCCUCGCUUUCGCCAUGAUCGCGCUGCUUUCUCAGCUUUUGUGCAAAAGCUCGCUGGAUACGAGAGAUUUGACCUAAUUGAGCAGGCGCUUGAGUCCCAUAAGAAGCCCCCCUUUUCUUUAAUGGAGGGAUUCAUUAUACGGCUCAUUUUGCUAUAUUCUGAAGCAGGAAUGGUGGAUAAGGCUCUUGAUACGUUCUACGAGAUGGAUGAGCUUGAGUGCCCUCGCUCUGAGAAAUCAUUCUCUGCAACUCUCUCCGGUCUGUUAUUGAACAAGAGAUUUGAUGAUGUACACAGACUGUUCGAUGAAAUUCCCAAUAAGUUUGACAUUUCACCAACUGUUUUCACCUAUGAUAUUAUAAUUAGGGCUUUUUGUGAGGAACAUCUGCUUGAUUCAGCUUUUGAAAUGCUUGGAAAAAUGGAAAAAAUUGGGAUCAAACCGGAUGUCGUUAGUUACAACACAUUGAUUGAUGGGUUCUUACGAGCUGGAGAUCAAACCAGGGUUGAUGAAUUAUUGAAGGAGAUGACUGAGAAAGGGUGUGCACCCGAUCUUGUUACGUAUAAUUUACGUAUUUUAGGGUUUUGCAAGGACAAAGAGAGUGUUAAGGCUCAGGCUUUGCUCGAGGAGAUGCGAUCGAGAGGGAUUAGGCCUAACUCACGCAGUUACAAUGCAGUGAUUUUUGGGUUUUAUAAAGAGGGCAAUUUGGAGGAGGCGAGAAGGGUUUACGAGAGCAUUCCAAAGGGGGAUGAGUCCCCUAAUUCAGGGACCUAUUUUAUGCUGAUCCAGUUUGAGAUUGAACAUGGCAAUUAUGAAACUGCAUUAGAGUUGUGCAAGAAGAGUAUUAAGAGGAAAUGGAUUCCGCCAUUUUUUACCAUGAAGAGUUUAAUAGAUGGAUUGGUGAAAAUUUCUAAGGUCGAUGAGGCAAAGGCAAUUGUGGAAGAAAUGAAGAAGAAAUUCUCAGGGGGAACUAACAUAACAUUAUGGUUAUUGAUUAUUGUGGGAUUGAUGGGGUCUGAGUGUUGCUGUAUAGAGUGUGUAAGUAACUUGUCUUCUUCCUUUUCCCGUACUUAAGUGUUGCUCUACUAUAUGCUCCGACCAGUGGUUGACUUUGAGAUGUUCUCUCAUUUUUCAACUAAUUUGGUCUCUCUCUCGCACCCCUUGUUAUUAUCUGGGUGGACUUCCCAUGUAUGUUGCUACUCGACGCUGGAAUCGUAUGGAGCCCCCAACCAUCAUUGUCCCAGCAUCCAUAAAAAAGCAGGUCGAGGUUCAUAGAGAAAUGGAUGGUUCAGAACUUAAACACACCCUAAUAGGCCUGCGAGUGGGUAAAGUAUUGUCUUUUUUCAUCAAGCUUGACCCUGUAAACCUUAAUUUAUUGAUACUGCAUUUUUUUAACAAAUUUUAUUAUAUCAGAUUGUAGGGGAAGAAUUUGAGUUUAGAAAGAACCUUAUGGUUAGAGCUUUCAAGACCUACCAUGUCAUACCAA